UUCAGUCUUCGUUUGACGAGCGACGUGCGCGCAAGUAUUUCGCAAAACACGCGGAUGGACGGACCGCAAGAGCAAGAGCAACAAAACAGUACAAUAAACCAAGAACAGCCAGAGCAAGUGCCCGAGCAAGGGCCCGAGCAAGAGCAAGAGCCAGAGCAAGGGCUUGGGAAAAUGUUACAACAACAGCAUCCACGGGAGGCAGCAACUAGCAGCAGAAAAUGAAAAGCGGAGAGAAAACGUGAACCUUUUCCUGCAAUUUUCUGUAGUGUAAAACGUGAAAAGUGUACGAUUUUCGGGCGGAUAGUAGUACAAAUUUGAAUUUUUUUCUGCUAACAUUUUUACAGCAGCAUCGAAAAUUGUGGCCCACACCUCAUCAAAAAACGAAAGCGAAUAAUAUAAAGUGUGCGCUAUGAUUUUCCCGGAAGUCACAAAUCAUCAACAUCACCUGUAAGGCAGCCACAAAGCACACACGGAUACCCGUGGGAGCCACAGCAAUGUGUUGCCUGCAUUUGAAGAACUUUAAAUGCGGCCAUCCGCGCUCAUUGACAUCCAACAAAAGUUAAGGACACCAGCGCAUAGAGUCCGGCAGUCCAGCCGAGAUACACGCACCACACCACACUCAUCCACACUCAUCCGCUAGAGGACUCUCCACACAGCAAGCCCGGCGGAAACAGAACUCCAGCAGGCGGACACGCUCAGAGUGGGACUUGGGGGAUCUGGGAUCCGAUUAGGAUGCCCCGGCACAGGCAAAAGGGUUGGGCCUGGCUGCUGCUGGUGCUGGCCAUUUGGGUGGGCGUGGGUCCGUUUCCGGGUCCGUGUCCAGCUCUAGCCCAGCGACCACUGCUCGCCAACCACACCUUCAACGCGCUGCCCAACUACAACAACAACAACUGGGCAGGUGGCAAGCAGCUGCGGAAUGGAAGGCUCCACGAGCAGCCCCUGCCCCUGCCACAGCCUCAGCCGACGGUGACAGGCAUCUACGAUGACUACGAGGGGGAGAGUGGCUCCCGAGCACCACCACCGCGACGCCGCCAGAAUCUCGCCCGCCGUGGCAUGGAUUCGCUGCGCAAGGAACUGAUGAAGCCAUCGGUGGGCGGACCCGGCGGUGGCAUAUCCGGCAGCAGUGCCGGCUAUCCCUCCUACUCCGGCACCUCCUCGAUAGGCCGCAUCGACGGCCUGGGCCUGGGCAUGGGCUCCGCCGACCGCUAUGGGGAGCAGCUGCGUCAGCCGAGCGGCGCCGCAGCCAUGACCGCCGGACCCGUGGUGGGCCCCUACUCCACCCGCUUUCCUCCGUUGUACGCUGGCGUCGAUGAGCAGCAGCCGAAGCGAAUGUACUCGCGCAAGAACUCCAUCAGCGAGCUCUACAAGCUGAAGAAGAGCCUCAACCAGGCGGACGAGCCUGCUGGCGGCGUGACCCAUGGCAACUUUGAGGGCGACCCCGUGGUCAGUCCCCAGGGGGUGCCAGUGGAUCUGAUACAGGAGAUCAAGGACCGCAUCAGGGACACGGAACCCAAUGCGAACACAUAUUCAACCCACACGGAGUCGACCCCAUCCUCGGAGUACGAGUACGAGCUGGGGGUCAAGUGCAACUUUGAGACACCCUGCAGCUGGUCGUGGGUGGACUACCCGGACGGCUUCCAGGUGCUUACUGGCACAGAGCUGGCCAAGCGAAACAUGACCGGUCUGCUGCCCGGGCCAGUGGCCGACAGCAUCGACGACGCCAACGGGCACUUCCUGUACGCCCGCGUGCAGCCCAGCACCAAGCCCCUGAACCUCACGUCUCCGGAGUUCAGCACGACCAUGGAGAAGUGCUUCCUGGAGGUGUACAUGCACCAGAGCGACAUGAGCCACGGCCUCUCCCGCGUGGUGGUGGAGCCACUGCACACGCAGGAGAGCAGCUGGGUGCCGGCCGAGAUCCAGGGCGACAACUUUCGCACUUGGACACGCAAGGUGUACCGCCUGGGACGCAUCUCCCGCGACUUCCGCAUAGUGUUCGAGAUCGUGCCGGACUUGAAGGCCGGACAGAAGGGGCAUGUGGCGCUGGACAACCUGCGGAUGGUGAACUGUUUCCCGGAGGGCACCAAGGCCGAGAAAUGCAGCACGUCGCAGGUCAAGUGCACAAACAACAGAGUUUCCGUUUGCAUCCAUCUGCCACGAAUCUGUGACAUUACCCGGGACUGCGACGAAGCGGAGGACGAGCAUCAGUCAUGCGACAAGAUACCCUAUGGCGGUCGCUGUGACUUCGAGGAGGACUGGUGCGGCUGGCGCGACUCCGGCAAGACGACGCUCACCUGGUCGCGCCACACGGGCUCGUCGCCCACCCACGACACGGGCCCCGAUGGCGAUCACACCCUGCAGCACCUGCUGAACAACACCAGCGGCUACUACAUGCUGGUCAACAUGAAUCAGCACAUGAACGACACGGAGAAGAACUCGAUAAUCGGCUUUGCCAGCAAUGCCAUCAUGCUGAGCAAGACGUUCAACCCGCCGCCAUCGGUGCACGGCAAUCCGGACUCUCCGUACCGCAACUCGUGCGUCGUGCGGUUCUUCAUCCAUCAGUUCGGCAAGAAUCCCGGCAGCAUCAACCUCUCCGUGGUGGAGAUGAAGGAGAAGGAGAAUAUCACCACCACGCUCUGGUGGAGCACCAAGAACCAGGGCAGCGAUUGGCUGAGGGCCGAGUACGUCCUGCCCAACAUUACGUCCAAAUACUAUCUUCAGUUUGAGGCCCGCAUGGGCAUGAGAAUCUACUCGGACGUGGCCGUGGAUGACUUCUCGCUGAGCCCCGAGUGCUUUGGCCUCAACAUUCCUGAAGAGCACCUCAACGGCUACAACUACUGGGAUGUGCGACUGAACCUCAAGAGUCCCACCUACCGAGACUUUGAAUAUACCAAUUACCUGGAGCUAACCAGCUGCGACACUCGUGGCAUGAUAGGCCCCACUCAUUCGCAGUGCGAGAGCGCCUACAAGGAGCAGAACAAGACGCACAUUCUGCGCGAGGUGCAUGUCGUCGAGGAUCAGAGCAGCUACAAGGGCAUGCAGAAGUGGAAGGUGCCCAACGAGGGACACUACACCAUCAUUGCCAAGGGAGCGAGUGGAGGGCUCGGAUCGGGUGGCGUGGGCAGCUCGCGCGGAUCUGUGGCCGUGGCCGUCCUGGAGCUGCACAAGAACGAGGAACUCUAUUUCCUGAUUGGCCAGCAGGGCGAGAACGCCUGCAUCAAGUCCAUGGGCGCACCCAAGGAGGCAGGCUGCGGCACUGACCACGACCUGGACCUGGCCCAGUACAGCUUCCGCUCCAAGCAGGACAUGGUCAAGAACAUCUACAUCGAGAACGGGGCCGGUGGCGGCGGCGGAGGGUCCUUCGUCUUCCUGUUGAAUCAGGCCAAGAACGAGGCUGUGCCGCUGCUGGUGGCCGGCGGAGGAGGAGGCCUGGGCAUUGGCCAGUACAUAGACGAGGACUUCCAGCACGGCCAGAAGGCGAAGCCGCUGCAGGCGCCGGAGAGUGGACAGAUCAAUGGCGAGCCACUGAACAAGAAGACUGCAGGACCAGGCGGCGGCUGGCGGGCCAAGGAGGAUCAGGCUCUGAGUCCCACCAAUGGGGCUGCCCUGCUGCAGGGCGGUCGCGGCGGACACUCCUGCUACGUGGAGCUUGCAGACAAUGGCACCACCGUCCAUCGACAUGGCCAGGGCGGAUUCGGAGGCGGCGGAGGUGGCUGCAACACGGGCGGCGGAGGCGGCGGCUAUGCCGGCGGCGAUGUCUACCUGAACGAGUCGAACGGUGAGGGCGGCAGCUCAUACAUCAGCGCCAGCCGCAGCCUGCGGGAGAUCGGUGAGGUGUUUGCGGGGGCCAGCAGUGGUCCGGGAUCCGUCAUCAUCAUCCCGGCCAUCGAGGGCUGUGGCUGCGACUACCGCUGCGUGGCCCUGGACGAGUUCCGCUCGAAGGUGCGCUGCAUAUGUCCGGACGGCUGGAGCCUCAAAAAGGACAACAACACAGCCUGCGAGAUACGCGAGGAGGCGGGCAAGUCCUCCUUCCAGCACCUGGUCUCCAUUCUGAUAUUUUCCUUGGCGGUGCUCUUCUUCUGCAUUGCGGCCCUCAUCUUUAUGCUGUACAAUCGCUAUCAGCGCAAGAAGCAGACCAAGAAGCGCCACAAAAUGCUGGUGGAGCAGGACCUGCAGCUGACGAGGCUGCGCCACAACAUCGACGACUCCAACCUGAACAACUUCAAUCCCAACUACGGCUGCGAUGCCAUCCUCAACGGCCACAUUGAUGUGAACAGUCUGCCGCAGGUGGGCCGCGACAGUCUCCAGUUGGUCAAUGCUUUGGGCAAGGGAGCCUUUGGCGAGGUGUACAUGGCCCUGUACCGCCAUCGCGAUGGUGAUGCCGUGGAGAUGGGCGUGGCUGUCAAGACACUGCGCGAGGAUCCCAAGCGCGAAAAGGAGGAGGACUUCCUCAAGGAGGCGGCCAUCAUGGCCAAGUUCAAUCACCCCAAUAUGGUGCACCUGAUCGGUGUCUGCUUCGACCGGCAGCCCUACUACAUCGUCCUGGAGCUGCUGGCCGGCGGAGAUCUGCAGAAGUUCCUGCGCGAGAACCGCAACACACCGGAGCGGCCCUCGCUGCUGACCAUGAAGGACCUGCUGUUCUGCGCCCUGGACGUUGCCAAGGGCUGUCGCUACAUGGAGAGCAAGCGGUUCAUCCACCGCGACAUCGCCGCCCGCAACUGUUUGCUGAGCAGCAAGGGACCCGGACGCGUGGUGAAGAUUGCGGACUUUGGCAUGUCGCGGGACAUCUACAGAUCGGACUACUACCGGAAGGGCGGCAAGGCGAUGCUGCCGAUUAAGUGGAUGCCGCCGGAGGCCUUCCUCGACGGCAUCUUCACCUCCAAGACGGACGUGUGGUCCUUUGGCAUCCUGCUGUGGGAGGUCUUCAGCCUGGGUCGUUCCCCGUAUCCGGGCCAGCACAACACCCAGGUGAUGGAGCUGGUGGUGCGAGGCGGUCGCCUGGGCACCCCCACCGAGUGCCCCGUGUCCAUAUACAAGAUCAUGGCCGACUGCUGGAACCCGACGCCGGAGGACCGUCCCACAUUCACCAGCCUGAUGGAACACCUGACCACCUGCUCACAGGACCCGAGCAUCAUGAACGCCCCGCUGCCCAAUAUCCUGGGAUCCGGGACGUCCUCCGACCGCGACGACACCAUCAUCCGACCCCCCAAUGGGGAGGAGUUCUGCCUGGCCAUACCUGAUUACCUGGUCCCCCUCCCCAGCCACCUGGCCCAUCACUUGCCCAGCAGCUCCGCCUAUAUCCCGCCCCAGCGCAAGCAGGCGAGCUCGUGCACCCCUCCUGCGGUGUCCUCGCCAGCGACGCCCCAUCCCAAGCCCGUCGUCCUGCCCGACCAGCAGCUGGAGACCUCCUUCAUCUUGCCCAACUCGAAGAGUGACCAGCCCCUACUGAGCGCUGGAGCGCCCAUCACCACCACGGCGCCCAUUAGCGUCCCCAGCCCACCCCUAGCCGCAUCCCCACUUCUAGCCCCCGCACCGAAACCGGCCGCCGACCAAGCAGCAGAGGCUGUCGAGAGCCAAACCUACAACGACGAGGGGAAGCUAAUUAGUUUGGACACGCCGCAACCGACGCCGACCACCAUCCAGCCGCCGUUGUCCUUCACCUCGCAGCUGGACGGGAUCACGCUGGAUCCGUCGACACUGGCCAAGAGUCUAACCAAUGGCUCGGGCAAGCAGUCGUACGCCAACGUGCAGGUCAAGUGCGAGCCGGAACAAAAGGCCAUGCCCAAUGGUAAUGCCAAUGGCAAUGGGAACGGCAAUGGCGCUGUGGUUAAUGGGGAGAGUCCGACGGCUGUGGGAGCUGCCGGGGACCGGGACCCUCCGUUCACCAUCCAAGGCUACGCGGAGCGGUACAAGGACAACAACAAUCAUUCCGAAAUCAGUUGCUAGACACAAGGUGUCUCGCCGCCGGCCCCAGGGUGACGCUGUCCUUACCGUACCGUACCGUACCGCUUCCGUACCACUUCCGUACGAUCCCCAAUCCAAUCCACAAUUUGUUCGCGUUUUACGAAGCGCAUUGAUUGAUCUGAUCCGAUAUGAUCUGAUUGAUUCAAUCAGAAAUAUUUAACAGAAAACAAAAACAAAAAUCGAGUGAGAACUUCACACUAAAAUUGUAUUGUAAUUAAAGCGUAAAUUUGUAUCGUGCGAAAAUGGAAAACCGCUGAGGAAACUCCAUGCAUGCAAGUGAGAAUACACACAUUAAUUAGUUGGAAAACUAGUUUAGUUUUGUACCAGACAUUAGUUUUGCCAAAGAAAACAAAAAACAAAACGAAAAACAAAAUCGAAAAAAAAACCAAAAGGAUUUACCAUAAAUUGCGAGAGGUUGUAUAUAUCAAUUGAGUAUAAUAUAUAUUAUUUGAUUCUAUGAUUAUAUGAUCAUGCAUAUGUAUUGUGUGUACCCCUUAGGUUUUUGUUCUGUUCAUCUCUUUAGUUACCUUUAGUUUCGUUUUAAGCUGAUGACUGAAAUGCCAAACAAUAUUCCUAAAAUAUAACAAAACGCGAGAGAGAGGAGAAAGAGUUUGAUUAUUUUUUAUACGCAGUCCAUGAUCGGGAACCAAAAAACCAAAGCAAAGCAAAGCCAACUCAAAGUAGUUCAAAGUUCAAACCGCCACAUACACACACCACACUCUCCUCCUACGUAUAUACUUACAUACAUAUAUAUAUAUUCAUAUCUGAUUUCUUUAUGAUUCUGAGUUUUAUCCGAACGAACAUGUAAAUACCAAACAAAAGCUUCCGUCGUAGCGAAUCACGUUUAUUGAAUGUAUUUAUAUUAGAAUAAGAGAACAAAAGAUAAACCAUGUAGCGAGUAAAAUACGAUAGAUCGAAAAGAAUACAAUUUACAGGGUGAUUUUUAUGAAAAUUCAGUUGUAUGUUUGAAAAACAGAAAUUAGCAUUAGCAUUUACGAGAAACCCCGAUCGAGGCGGGAGAGCUCCGCUUCCCACAGUGUUGUGUGUUGUUGUGCGACCCUUGGCCAAUGUACUAAAUGUGGACUGGUUCUGGUUGUGCACAACAUGCUCUUAGCACGGCCCUGUAUUUGUUCAUCAUUAUAAAAUGGUUCUGUUCGAGAUUCGAAAUUUGAGAUUUUGUACAUUUAGUUGGAACGUAACAAACAAGCUUUAAAUUAUAUAAUUUUUAUAAAGAUAUAUAAACGGAUAUACAAGUGAGGCGACAACAUUAUAUUUAACAAAAAACCAAAAACCAAAAACAAAAGAAACAAACAAACAAACAAAAAAAGGAAACCAAAAAUGAAAAAUUAAAUAUUAAAAAUAAAUAAAAUUAUACAAGAUCAAGUGACAUAUGGCCCCUAUAUGUAUGUGUAUAUCUAUAUCUAGAUCUAAGAAAAUUAAAACGGGCGUUUGCACUGCAACCGCAACAACAAACAAAUCGAAAAACGAGAGAUACAUACAUAUAUACACACAAACAUAUAUAUAUAUAUAUAUAUAUAUAUGUAUAUAAAGAAAACGAUACAAAAUACCGAUACUUAUAGUACUUAUAUAGGAGGGAUAAUGUGUACGUUAACUUGAACGGCAUCGUUAUGGUUAUCGUUAUCGCUAUCGUUAAGAUGAACGUUACGUCUAUGUUUCGCUUUGUGUACCAGUCUACAGUUAUAUAUGCGCAUACAUUUACAUAUACACAUGGCAUACAUACUCUCGUACUCGUAUACAUAUAUACGUAUAUUAUAUAUCCAGCUAAUAUAUCUAACUAUUAUAUACAAACAUACAUAUAAACGACAAACUCAGCCGUAAAUUAAUGCUGAAUACGCGGUAACCAAAUGGGAAUAUCUGUAAAUUAUACUUAUAAUUACACACACACACCAUACACCAUACACCAUACACACACACACACACACACACACAUUUUACAGGUUACUCGAAAUGAUUGAAUUUUGAAUUUGAAUUGAUCGUCACCCCAUUGAAAAACUGUACAAAACAAAUACAAACGGAUCCAAUGAAAUGUACGAUACAAAGUGAAUAUCGAAAUAAAAACAUGCAAACAUAAACCCACGUGUAUCGAAGGCUCAAUGAUAUAUAUGCAUAUAUGUAUAAGUAUAUACACAAUUGAUCCUCCUCAGCAUCCACAGCAUGCAUAUAAAACACAGAAGUACACUUAGUAUUUAUAUUUAAUCUAACCUACAACCUACGAAACAGUAUUCUUUCGGUUGUUGCUCAUUUAUUGUAUACAUUGUAUCGUAUGUGUGUAUCUAUUAUGGUUGUGCCGAUUACACAUCUCUAGGAGAUCGUUGCCGCUCAGUGGAGAUUAGUCUGUCCGAUGUAUACAUCCACUCCACACACCCCACAGACACACGAAUACCCACAUUUUUGUACCCUGAUGACAUUACCUUGUGUACCUAACGUCCAGAACCUGACACACA